UUGAAACAACUGAAGAAUCUAUUGAGGAACAAAUAGAUGUAUUUCGUCAUGAAUACAAAAUCAUCAUCGAAAGGAUAACGGAGAAAUUAAAUAAUUAUAAUUCACCACAAACAAUGUAUUCCAAUAUAAAACUGCAGGAAAUUAAAAUUCCGAUGUUUUACGGUGAAAUGAAACAAUGGUCGUCAUUCCACGAUCUUUUUAAAAGUUUGGUGCAUGAUUCGAAGCACUUUACAGAAGUGGAAAAGAUGUUCCGAUUGAAGACAUCAUUAGGUGGAGAAGCUGGUAGAUUAAUUCAACAUCUACCAGUAACAGCAACAAAUUAUGAAGCUGCUUGGCAAAUUCUCAAGGAAAG